AUGGCUUCCAACUCACUGAUGCCAAUAACUUUCAGUUCAGCAUCAUCAAGCGGCAUCCCUAUUCCUAUUCCUAUUAUGACGCCACAGCAAGCUAGAGGACAUGGCACAGACCUACAAGCUUUACUCCACUUCAAAGCCAAGAUAACCGGUGAUGAGCUCAUGAUUAUGGAGUCCUGGAAUAGUUCCAUUCACUUCUGUCAGUGGCGUGGUGUUACAUGUGGUCGCAAGCAUCGGAGAGUCACCAAGUUGGAGCUAAAACACCUCAGAAUCUCGGGAUCUUUAUCGCCAUACAUUGGAAACUUUAGCUUUCUAAGAGAAUUGAGACUUGUUGGCACCAACUUCUACAACCAGACUCCACAAGAAAUCAGUGGUUUAAUAAGAUUGGAAAGGUUACAGCUCACCGAUAACACCAUCAGUGGUGAAAUCCCUCCCAAAUUAUCUGCUUGUUCUAAGCUUACAUUGAAUGAUAUGAGAGGUAACCAACUAAUAGGAGAAAUAUCUGCUUGGCUAGGCCUCUUGUCAAACCUGAGAGUCUUGGGGUUUCGUAUGUAUUACUCUGUUCAUAAUGAAGUGGUGGAAACUUGCCAACCCCAAGUCGGAAGUGGUGGAAAUCGUAGCCACUUGACUUUUAAAGUUGGAAGACUUGAACCAAUUGACUUCAUAUGGAAUAGGAUAACAUCUCAGUUCAAAAAUUAUUCAUAUAUAAUGCCAUCUCUAGUUCUUGUGGAUGAACCAACAAGCACUCUCAAAUACACAUUAUUCUUGUCAAUUAAGAAAUUGUUUCAGGGUCUUAAUCUGCUUGAUUUAGCAACAGCAAGCCCUGAAGCCAGAGGAAAUGCCACAGACUUACAAGCUUUAGUCCAAUUCAAAGCCAAGAUAACUGGUGAUCAGUUCAAGAUUAUGGAGUCCUGGAAUAGUUCCAUUCACUUUUGUCAGUGGCCUGGUGUUACAUGUGGUCGCAAGCAUCAGAGAGUCACCAAGUUGGAACUCCAAUUCUUUAAAAUCUCGGGAUCUUUAUCACCAUACAUUGGAAACUUGAGCUUUCUCAGGGAAUUGAGACUUGUGGGCACCAACUUCUACAACCAGAUUCCUCAGGAAAUUGGUCGUUUAAGAAGAUUAGAAGUAUUAGACCUCACCAAUAACUCCAUCAGUGGUAAAAUUCCUUCCAAUUUAUCUUCUUGUUCUAAGCUUACAGUUUUUGAUAUGGGAGGCAACCAGCUAACCGGAGAAAUACCUACUUGGUUGGGUCUCUUGUCAAACCUGAGAGUCUUGGGGUUUUACCGCAACAGUUUGAGAGGGAGUAUCCCACAUUCCUUGGGGAACCUAUCAUCUCUGGAGAAGUUUGGUUUGGCGUUUAAUGCAUUAAGUGGGAUUAUACCUGAAGCUCUUGGACAGCUGACAAAACUUUCAUUUCUCUCUAUAGCAGCAAAUACAAUUUCUGGUGUUGUUCCUGUCACAAUGUAUUCUUCAUUCUAG